AAGGUGUUUGGGGUUGCACCGCGGGGAAGUAGAUGUGAGUGAAGGAAGAUGGAGGAUGAAGAUUGGAGGGAGGAUGCUGGGGGUACCAGAAACAGAGGCCUGCCUAUUGACGACGACUUCUUGGAGAUGGUGGAGGUGGCGAACGGUUGGAUCAUGGAUUUUAUGUGUUGCUGCUUAUAUCGGUAUUUCAAGGCGGGAAUGUUCUCGGAAUUCAGGCUGAUGAGGGAUGCCAUGAAUGGUUUACUUCAGCACCCAUCUACUACAGAGUCCAUUCAGGAAAAGAAGGUGUAUGUCUGCCAAAUCCUGUCCCGAAUUGUUGAAGGGAAGAAUCUUGGUGUCCAAUUUGACCAAGAUGAUUCAAUAACUCCAUUGGAAUCUGCAUUAAUGGUUUUGACUGAAAUGGCAGAUAACAAGCACUUAAAGAAAGAUGCACUGUAUUCGGAUCUAAAGCAGUUGCUUCAAGUUCGGAGUGUGGCAGUCUGUAUGGAAAUGGGAGAUUUUGAGAGAGCUUUUGAAGUUCUGGAGCGAGAAUUUCAAGAUAACUUGGAUUCUGACCAGCCUUUAAAAAGGAAACUAUCUUUAGUUAUCAGUAAGAAAGAUCUGAACCAUAAAUUCCUCAACAACUUCAGUAGUGAACGAUUAAUGGAUGUAGCUGCAUCACUUGCAAACAAACUACUAAAUAAGGAAAAGUCACAGUUUCUAGUCCAAGCAGCAACCACAGUGGUGCAGUCUAGAAAAAGAGAUGCAGUCGCAGCCAGUUCUGGCGAUGAGAGUAUUUGUGAACGCACGGAUGGAAAAUGGGAAGAUUUACCAAGAAGAGAAACAGAUGACGAAGCAAAAAAUGCAGAGCUAAAUACACACAGAUCUAGAAGAAAGCUUUACAGUUUUGUCGAGCAGAAGGGUUGGAAACCAAUAAAGUCUGAAGCGGUCAAAGAUUUUGGAGGGAAAAGGAAAAGGUUAUCUGUGAAAAAGAAGAAAUCCACAAGUAGUGGACAUCUGGUGGAAAGUAAAAAGCAAUCUCUGUCAUCUAAUUCAGAAGUGCCAAGGAAAAAAAGACCGUGGUUAUAUGAAGAGGACAAGCUGCUAAAGGAAGGAGUGAAAAGAUUUGGAUCUGGAAACUGGGCCAAAAUUCUGGAGCACUAUGAUUUCAACAACCGUACCAGUGUAAUGUUGAAGGACAGGUGGAGAACCAUGAAGAAACUCUGCAUGAUCAACUCUGAUGUUGAUGAAAGCUGAGAAAUAAUUGUAAAAC